CGUGCCCAACAAUCGCACCUAGCGGUCCGGUUGCGCAGGAGCUGUGGGUCGCAGUGACCAUCACCACAAUAACAACAAUGCCGACGGUCUCUGCAUCGCAGCCACCGUCUCUGCUUGGCGCCCACCUCAACCACCCCCUUGCCGGGCACCAGGGACCAGGGUGCCUGCGGUCCAGGCCCGGGGCAUCGGCGGGGUCGUCGGCCGAGCAGCUGAUUCUCCGCUGCGCUGCCCUGAAGGCGGGCAGCUGUGGCCCCAGGUCGCCGCCGGCCCGGGGAGGGGGAGCCGGAGCAGCGGGGGCGCAGGCUUGGCGGGUCCGGCUGAAGGUCGGAGCCCAUCGGCCGCGUGAUGUCCGCACCAUCUUCCAGCAGGCCGAGGACCCGCGGGUGCCGGAGGAGAAGGGCGAGGGUCACCGCUUCGGGCCGUGCGCCCUGCACACCUGGUGCGACCUGUGCGGCCAAACCAUCAGACCAGACGGGACGAGCGUCCGCUGCCACAAUUGCAAUUACACUGCCCAUCAAAUGUGCAGGAACUUCAUCAAACUUGAUUGCCACCAAAGGGAACAGCUUCCAAAAGAAAAAAUCAGCAUUGAAGUUGAAGUGGAGCAGCCUGAAACUGAGUCCAGCACAAAGUCCUCUUCAGGAAUGGCUGCCACAGUUCGCCGAAUCCUUCUGGAUACCACAAAAAUGCCAGAUGAUUCAGACCGGUCAAGAGCACAACCCCCAAAGGGAAAUUAUAAAUUGCCGAAUGCAGGGAUCAUAGUCCAGAAUAUGAAUGUGGCAAUUAAAGAAGAAGAGAAACCAAAGGUCCUUACGGAAAAGGAGAUUAAACAAAAAAUUGAAGAAUACAAUGGAAAAGUCAAAAACUGCUUGGGAAUGCGCUUAAAUGCGGAUGGUAGUUAUACGGGGUUCGUCAAAGUCCACCUGAAACUGCGCCGCCCUGUCACUGUCCCUGCAGGCAUCAGACCACAGUCCAUCUACGACGUGCUCAAGGAGGUGAACCCAGCAGAAAUAACCAACAAGCGGACGUCGUUUUACCUGCCCCUGGACGCAGUCAAGCAGCUCCACAUCAGUAGUGGCACGACGGUCAAUGAAGUGAUCACGGGCCUACUGAAGAAGUUCAUGGUCAUCGACAAUCCCCAGAAAUUUGCUCUCUUCUACCAGACAAAGAAAGGGAAUGAUGUGCAUUUGCAGAAACUCAAAGGAACUGAGCAACCCCUUUUAAUCCGUCUUUUGGCUGGCCCAGACACUGAAGCCUCAACUUUUGCAUUGAAAGAGAAUGAAACCGAGGAAGUUGAGUGGGAUGCCUUCAGUGUGCCCGAAUUGCAAAAUUUCCUCAUCAUCUUGGAGAAAGAAGAAAAGGAACGCAUCCAUCAAGCUCGGCAGAAGUACAUCACAUUUCGUCAAAAGCUGGAGCAAGCUUUGAAAGCAGCCGGGAAGCCGGGAUAACCAGACACAGAGAAACCUGACUAUAGACGUGAAUCUAUCUUUCAUAUUGCUCAGAUAUAUCUGAGCAGAUUAUCUCAUGGGACAUGUGCAACAAGGCAUCAGCGAGCAUUGCCGUAGAUCUCAGACUGCUGCUCUGGUGACAGAUUCCGAACAUUGCUGUGUGUGCAGAGCUACACUUUGGACUAACCAAAGCACCUGUCGCUUUUUCCUAACGUGUUUUAAAUAACCAUCAGAGUAUGCAGACAAAAUGUUUUUUGAGUCAUCUCUAAAAUCUAUUGAAAGAAUUCUGUGAAUUAUAAACCCUCUUUCUUUGCUUCUUUAUGUUGAACCUGAAAGUAUCUGUAUAUUUAGGUUGGUCGUGCAUUCCAGAGGCUGCAGGGAGCAUUCUCAGAGGGUUGUACUGGCUGCGCCCAAGUCACUGUUCAGAGCAUCUUCAACAGUGCUCACUAAAUGUUGAUAGAUUCUUUCUGCAUGUUAUGCCAAAAUUAUAUGUGUCCUUUUCUACAACAAAAAUUAAUCUUUAAGCAGGUGUUGCAUGUUGAGUGCUCUGUAUAAUUGGACAGAAUCCCAUCUUGUAUUCACGUUUGUCACUAUGUGUACACCUUAACUGGAUAAUUUAAAGAGAGCUGUAUCGUGAAUAGUGAUGAUUGAUAUAAAUGUGAAAAUACCUUUUUAAGGAAAACAUACACGGUUUGCCAUCAAUAAUAAAUUCCUAAAUGAAUAGAAAUUAAAUUUAGAAAAAUCUUCCUCAGCUUUUUGAAGACAUCCAUUUUUGUAACUGUUGCUAUACAGCAUCUAAUUCCCAGGAACUAGUCUGGCAAUUUUUAAAAUUCAAGUGACCUGCUGAAAUCCACAUAAGAUGGAGUGCAUUUGAACAACUUCUUCUGUACUGUAUUAUUUUUUUAUAUUGCAGUCUAAUUUAAAAAUAAACUUUACUGAAAGGCGCA